GGAAAGAUGAGCAGUGUGCUGCUGUAGAUUCAUGCUGCAAGCCGCCGGCAGUCGAACCGUCUCUUUUUCGGCGAAGGAGCUGUGAACAGCUCCGCGCGAAAGAGGUGGCAUCUUGUGUACUGCAGGAAAGUGAUCAGUGCGGAUCAGUGCGGUCUGAAAUGGUUAAUCGGAGACAGGCGUAACACUUUGUGAACAAGGAGGUUGGGAUCCCACUUUUUCUUUAUUAUGAGAUUUAUAUGCCAAGCAUGAUUUGGUGGGUGGUGGAAAGAGUGCAGGAAAUUUUGAUUGUGUAGUCCUGCGAAAGUUUUCAAGUUCAUGACAAGAAGGGGGUGGGGGGAGCUAGCUGUUCGGUUAGUCUUGCACCAGAGGUUGUUAGAAGUGCCUGGCAUCGGAAUGGUUUAGCUGUUUGUUGCUGGGAGGUUAGGUGGACUGGUUCGUUUGUCUCUAUCUAGUAAAGAGAGGUCAUAGUCACAAAAGGACGAGAGGACAGGGAGGAAGACUUGAGCAACCGAGUGCGCCUGCCUGUGUCACUACGUUCGUUAGUGUUGCACGGAAGAAGUUCGUAUCAGAUUCAGAUGGGGAGCGAUUCAGAGACAGAGAGAAAGGAGAAGCUGAAAUGGCAGUCGAUAUCGCCCAUCGCAAAGCCGCUGGCAGGGAAGAAGCUCACGAAGAAGGCGCUGAAGCUGGUGAAACGCGCGUCGAAGAGCAAGCAACUGAAACGAGGAGUGAAGGAAGUCGUCAAGGCUCUCCGGAAAGGAGCGAAAGGAGUUUGUAUCGUUGCUGGCAACAUCUCGCCUAUCGAUGUGAUAUCGCAUCUUCCUGUUCUUUGCGAAGAAUCGGAUAUUCCGUACGUUUUCGUCCCUUCGAAAGAGGACCUCGGCGCAGCAGGGCAGAGCAAGCGGCCUACGUGCUGUGUUCUUGUCAUGCCGUCAGGCGGGAAGGCAGAAGUUAGCGAAGAAGAUGCAGCAAAGCUGCAGAGUGAAUACAAGGAGCUUGUCGAAGAGGUCAAGGGCCUGGCUGUCAUUUACUAGGCACACAUACUCCACCCCGCUAUCUAUCCGAAAGUCUGUGUAUCUUACUUAGCCACAGUUCCGAG